AUGUCUUUCUUCAAUAAAUCGCUUGUCAAAAGGUUAACGGGAGUUUCGCACCGCGAAAAGAUGUCCGACGAGGACUUCAUAACUCGCUGCCGAUUCAUCACUGGUACGAUAAUGGGUUCAGGUUGGGAAUGCAAAGAAUACGAACGGGACUUUUGCAGAUUCAAUUCCAUCAUGAAACCUGUCUGGCGAAAACUAUACGACCGUUGGAUUGAAAACGAGAAAAAGGAAUGGGCUUGCUUUGACAAGCCGGGAAAAUUAGAGUUUGUCAAGAAUAACGCUGUCACAGAGAGUAUCUCCAUGCCCAACGAGUGGGCCUUUGGCACUGGCAAAGUUGAAGAAAAUAGUUCAGAAACCACUACCGCUGCCAGAAGGAGAGAGUUUGAUGGAGUUGGUACAGAUGGUACAGAUGUAAUGGAAGAAGAGUAUUCUACUAGAUAUGUCGAGUGUGCGAAGCGGGUGGUACAGGUAACAGGGAAUGGGGAAGUAGUAGAAAGUGCGCAAGGGUGGUUAAUGGCUGAAAGGCUUGUGCGGUUAAUGCAUAACACCGAAGGUGUAGGGUACAUUGUUAAUACAUUACACCAUACACCCGCCAGUACGGUUAAUGCAUUACACUUUCAGCAGCCGUUACGGUUAAUGCACAGUGUUGAGUGGAGUCAGUACGGUUAA